AUGUCGUCUGCAUCGUCAAUGACGGAGCCGAUGACCAGCGGAGAGCCCGAGCAGCCCGAGCGGCCGAUUGGCAACGGUGUGUCCAAUGGCCGGUGCUCCAAGGGUUGGCCAGCCUUUUGGCUCGUCGUGGUGUGUGGAACAGCUUCGACCGUCAUCAACGCCCUCGUCUUGCCGGCCUUCUCAACGGCAUUUUUCAACGGUGGAACCAAUCCAUGCAUUGACGAAGGACAUGCAUCAGCUGCUUGUAAAGAGGCUCUUAAGAAAGCUGAGCGAAUCGGCUCCAAUUUCACGGUCCUCGGAGCAGUUUGCGUUUUUUUCACCAGCCCCAACAUUGCCCUCCUAUGUGAUCGAUUUGGUCGAAAACCGAUCAUGAUUCUGGGACAAGUAGCUGGUUUCCUCUCGGUCUUGUCACUCGUGGCGGUGGACAUAUUUGGCAUCUCACUGUAUGUCUACUAUGCAUCUUGGACGACGACUCAUGGACUCGUUCAGUCCUACGACACUAUCCAAAGGAGAAUGCUCCGCGACCAGUUCGAGGUUGGGGUGGAGAAGAAUUUGGUCUGUCUGACCUUUCAAAGGAGCAGGAAAAACAAGUCACUGAAGACUGAAGACAUCUUGCUCUGGCGUUUUCUCUUUCUUUGGAUGGUGGCCUCAUACCUUCGAGCUGCGAAACAAGAAAUCAAGGAGGAGCUGCAGUCGAGCCGACCACAAUGGCUGGCACGCACACAAGAUGAAGUGCAUCAACCCUAUGGGCAUCAAGUCCUCUGCAGAACUGUCGCGGUGGGAGCACCAAACUUCGAUGCAAAGAAAGAAGAAGAAGCUCCGAUACCAAUUGAAGAUCAAGCACCUGAACCUGCAGUCCAAGGCAUCUUCGACGACGAAGAAGAAGAAGCCGUAAAAGAGGAAAGGGCCCCAGAGGGUGAGGUAGAAGAAAAAGAAAAGAUUGAGGAAGAAGGUGAGGAGAAAAAGGAGGGCGAGAGCGAAGAAGCCAAAGAGUUUGAAACCAGAGUUUUUCGCCUUGCUGCUCCAAUGUUUUCAAAGAAGGCCAAAGAGGUCAGUCACACAUACGCCAUAUCCUUCUUCAAGCUGGUGCUGAAGCAAAGUGGUGGCGAGCUGAAUCGAGCUGCCAGACCUGGCAAAUGGCCUGAUUGGCCUCUCUUCCUGGCUGGUGUGAUGGUGCGCAAAAGAAAGUGGCGUCGUGGCACUUUUGAAGUCUCCACGGAAACCGUGAAGUGCCUGUGCCCCGCUCCUGAAGAUCAUGGCCACUGGAUCCUUCCAAAAGAUGAGCCCAUCACCAAGAUGAUCAUGAAACCUGCUCACCUUCCACUGUCAGAAGAAGGUUGGGUCGCCAUUGAGAAAGAAACUGUGGACGCACUGGUGAUUUCAAGAAGGAUGAGAGGCAAGUCUGCUGUUAGAAAGAUUGAGGAGGAAAGUGAGGAUGAAGUUCAAAGAGAAGAAGAAAAGAAAAAGCGAGUGCAUCUCCUUCGAAUGAUUGAAGAGGAGAUGCGCACCAUGGUCGACGAUGACCCUGAACUUGCACUUGAAGAACUGAAGGUUUUGGGAAGUUUGAAGAAAAUUGUGGUUUUGCCAAAUGAAGAAGAGUUCUACAACGAAAAGAUCCAGCGUGAUGUGUGGAUGCUGACACCACAGAGCUACACUCUGGACAUGGUUCAAAAGGAGGAUGAGAAAGUGAAGCCAAAGAAGAUUCCGCGAUCAAGGGAUCAAGCUGCGAUGGAGCCAAAAGAAGAAUCUCCGUCGAUUGAGAAAGUUCGUCUGGCGCAAAAAGCAGUUGGAGAAGCGCUGUGGCUAACCACAAGAGCUCGUCCAGAUCUCAUGUACGUGGUCUCCAGGAUGGGAUCAGCUGUGACUCGUGCUCCUGAGGCUGUGAUCCAAGCAAGCAACCAGCUCAAGGGGUACCUCUCAACCACAGCCAAUGAUGGACUGAAGUUUGAAGUUGAAGAAGGCGAAAACCCAAUCUUGACCGUCUUCACAGAUGCUUCAUUUGCACCUGACUCUGAGGAAAGCCAUGGCUCGUUCGUUGUCCUUUUAGGCUCAUCUCCAGGUUUUUGGAGGUCUGGCCAACAAGGUUUCGUGACAUUGUCGACAGCUGAAGCUGAGCUCACUGAGAUCAUCGAGGGCAUGGUGACGGUGGCAAUUGGCGCACACGUCCUACGGCUGAUCACCUUGGCCGCGUCAAUUGCAGUCACCAAAGCGGAGGAAGAGAAAGAAGCGGAAGAAGCAUUUUCUAUUGAAGUCAUUUUGAUCUAUACCUUGGUCAUCAUCAUUUUCAUCUUGGCCGCGCAGCGAUUCUGGGAUGCAGCAGUACGGGGGGAGGCUCGGAGGUCUCCCAAGAAGAUCUGCCUAGCUCUUCGUCAUGGCCGAGCUCGAGUGAUGUUGUCCGAGCUCCACAAGAUGCUCCGCAUCGAGCACAAGAUGCUCCGCAUCGAGCUCAAGAUGCUCCGCAUCCAGUUCAAGAUUCUCCGCACCCAGCUCAAGAUGCUCCGCAUCCAGCUCAAGAUGCUCCGCUGCCAGCUGAGUCAAUCAAUGUGGCUCCGCAACCAGAAGAAGCGCAAUCAUAAAACCCACGAACAGCAGUUAAUUUCCAAACAGCGUUGGAACUCCUACGAGCGCAUGAUGGAUCGAUGGUGGAUUACGAAAGGGAGUGGAAUGAGAUUGAAGCAGAAGAACGAAGGGUGCGCACAGAGCUCGAUCAAGCUCUUCCUGGCGAUCCUCUGCUGGGGCAUGCGGCUUCGUCACAACAGUCAUCUCCUCUCCCUGAGUACUUUCUGUGGUGGCUUCUGCAGCGUGUCUUCAGGCGCAGCUGAGGUUGUUUUUGCCUUGUGGAUCGCUGACCGAACCACUACAGAGCAGCGAAUCGCCUUUUUUGCGACUUUGGCAGCUGCAAUGGAUGUAGAGCAGACUGUGACUCCAGUGGCAAGUUUUGUUCCAAGCACGAGGAAUCGUUUAAUCCUCUCGGCCUGUUUGUCCUUCCUAGCGCUGGCAGCUACCGUUCUGGGCAUCCCAGAGUCCAUUUCUGAAAAUCAGCGACGAGACAUUUGCAGAAAUUGGAGGCUGUCAAGGCUCUUCCAAUUUGGGAUCGUUGCGUCUAAGAAGUACAGAGGCCUUACGCUUCUCAUGCUCGUCAGCAACUCUGUUCACGCUGGAUGUGGUGCCAUUUACCUCUACUAUAUUCAAGGCCAUUUCGGCAAGGGACUUCGAGAUGUCGCCCCGAUAAUUAUGCUGAAUGGCAUCAACAAUUUGUUGGUCCAAAUCUUUGUUGUGAAGCAUUUGGCCCGUUGUUUGACUGUGAGAGGCGUCAUUUUGUUGGGUUAUUUCUUUGGAGCUUUGAAUUGUGCAAUUAUUAGCUUCGUGCCAAAUUUUAACGAUCUCUAUGUCUUGGCGGUGACUUCUGGCCUUGGUGUCAUUUUCGCACCUGCAAUCCAAGCGCUGUACAUGAACUCAGCUCAGCCCGACGAGAUGGGACAAGUCCAAGGGGCUGUGAACUCCGUCCUGACCGUCACGGGUGGACUCGGUCCACUGAUCUUUAGCAGGUUGCUCGCGGCCUUUCAGGACUCAAGCCAUCGCUACCGAGGAAUGGAUUGUAUGCCAUACCUGCUGACCAUUGCGUCGAAUUUCUUUUGCAGCUGGGCUGUGGCCUUCAUGGCCCUACCACAAAAAGCUGACGACUCACUGACGGUGCAACUGGAAUGUGCUGCCUGA